CUUUAUACGGUAUAAUCGUAUAAUGUAUAUCGUAUGCUUGUGUGCGCGCGCGAGUUUUGUUUGCAAACGCGGCCGUCGAGCGUUGUAUCUACUCUCCGCCGCUGCUGCUGCUGCUCUCGGUAUACUGAGAGAUUUCUUCUCUCUCGCUCUUCGCUGCUGUCCCUUCUCUCUCCCCCCACCCCGGCGUAGCGGGCUGUGCAAGUGCAGAAGGCACUUUAAGCCUAAACACUCAUUUCCGACUCGCUAUGCACUCUCCGCAUUUGACUGUGUUAUACUGUCGAUCAGCCGAACGCUUCGAUACGAGCUGAUUCAUCGCAGCGGAACUCGAGCGAUUUUCUCGGGCUGAUCGUGCAGGCAAACGUCGUAAUCGAUAAGGUAAGCAUUAGAGCGUCAACUGUCGAGUGUAGAAGGGGCCUCUCGAGCGAGCGGGCGGAUAAAAAUGAAAAAUGCCGACCGCGAUCGGCUUCAGCUCGGCUACUCUCGGAAUCUUACGGUCCCUCUCGGCGCGCUGCAGCAGCGCUUCGUUUGGGGCCCCUCCACCAUGCACUCGGCUCUUUCAUUCUCGGAGAAAUUCUUUCUGUGUAUUCACACUGCCGCUCGAGCCUACUCUGCGGUCAUUAAGAAAUUCUGCCUGUGCGGAGCAGAAAGCCGCGAGAGAUGGGUGUGAAAAUGCACGGCUUUUCUGCGAAAACGCGUUAAAGAAUAUAGGCUGCAUUCUUUCACUUGAUGUGACGUGUUAUUAUUAUUUUAAGGAGUGUAAUUAUUGUUGUAACGGCAAUUGUCAGAUUAUCGAUGGUUUUGCUCAUUACGGUUAUUCGUAUCGUUUAGAAAAAUCCCUUAGUAUAUAUUAUUCAUGAGACUUAGGUAUAGUUUUUUAAGCGUAAAUUGGACGUGCAAUCCAAGCGUGUUUUUUCACGAUAUUUGAAUGGAAAAUGUAUGUAGCUAUUUACUGUUUAUAACAAAUUUAAACGAUUCUAACAAUAAAAGAUACAGGGCAGCCAGAAGAUCCUACUUAUAAUUCUACAAUUUACAGACUAUACCGUUCCCCGCUCGUGCAAUUCAUUCAACUGCCGGAAAAUUUCCCCUCCGACCUACUCAGUCAUUUUCGCCCGGUCACCGUCGGCCUCUUUAUGUACGCCUAUAUACACACACACAUAUAUAUAUAUAUAUAGUAGCCCCUCGGAGUCUAAGGACGAGGGCAAUAAGACCAGCAAGGGAUCAUUCAGAGAAACGCCCAGCGUCAAUUGUAGCCGUUGGAACACCCGUGAAUCUACCUGCCGUAGCCUGAGGAGCCAUACAAGAGCUUUCAGUCUCUGUAUACCUACAUGCAUUUAAGAUAAUUCUUCCCUUUGGCGGGAAGGUACCUGCCGAAGAGAAAAAACUGACCGGUUUUACGGAAGGGACUAUUUUGGGAAAAGCCAAGGAGGAGAUAAGAGGGAAAACGAGGGUGUGAGAUGUCUUUGAGAGAGUAAAUAUAGCUCAGGGGAUAGAUUAUAGGUUUUUGAGGCUUCGGUUGUUUGACGAUGUAUAUGCGCAGAUAAGAAAAUAUGUUUGUCGAAUAGAUGGAGAAUUUUUUUUUGGCAGCUCUUUAAAACUAUUUAUUUAAAACUAUAUGUAUAUAGAUUGUUUCUGAAAAGUGACGACGAUGGCGUUAUAUCUAUUGAUCAAAAGUUUAUUUAGAAUAAACCAAUCACGAAAUCUGUUAAUCUAAGGAGAAAAUUCAAGACAAUAACAACAAUAGUGAAUCACACUUUUUAUAAUACGCGCGAAAAUUCGAAAGAUCAGGUCUGCAUGAACUUGACGCUUAUAGUAACUUGUAGACAAAACUUCCUAGAACCAGUGAGCCGAGCAAAAAAUAAAGUAACUACGGUCGAUUGCGUUAGAAUUGAAACCAGAUGAUCACUUACUGUGUUGAAAUGUGCGAGUACAUACCAAGAUUACGUUAAAAAAGGAGGACUCGAAAACGUGCCGCGAAAUAGGCAUCUCCCGGUGUCAAGUUCAUCCCGCCCAACUUCUUAUAGCAGCCCGCCUUCAUCGAUUUUUCCAAGCUAGUAUAGAGUAUACAGACUCUGAGCUUCACGGCCAUAAUUAACCGGGGCUUGCAGCUGUCCUACGUACUCAAGUAUAUCGAAAAGUGCCGACGAACUUGAAAUGCGCACAUUUUUGUCAACUGUUUGCCAAUGAAAAGUUCACGAGACCGUCGUGCUAAUUACCACAACGGAGACGACGCAAAGGUCACUUGACGCCAGAGCUCCAGAUACUUAUUCUAGCCUGUAAAAGCAACGAAAGCCGAAAGAUAUAGUAGGCUGAUAACAGAAGAUGAUUGUCUCGCCAGUAGCGCACUGGCUCGUGUCAAUGGACUCAUCGAUCUAAGCAUAGGUUAAGCCCUCUCCAGCCAAAACAAUAACAAUUUCAAGAGCUUGUCAAAAGCUGCUAGCGAGCCGACGCUUCUCUCGUCUACAUUUGUGCCAUGGACGUCGAUAAGAUCUCUGUCUUCACUGCUGUGGGCUUUGCACUGGCUGUUGGAGCCUUCGUACUCUGGGGCCCUUCACCUAGGCCAAGGAGAAAAGGCCAAGUCGUUGGAAUUAAAAAUUUAGGGUAUACUUGCUUCCUGAACUCGUUGCUGCAGUCCUUAGCAGCAUGUCCAGCAUUCAUAGAGUGGCUUCGAAGAAGGCAGGAGGAUGUGAAGGGAGAAUCUUUUACAAGCAGUUUGAUGUUGGUCAUAGACAAAAUCAAUGGGUUUACGGAUGAUAUGUUUGGAAGCGUGAGGCCAGUUGAAGUAAUUACUUCUCUGGGUCCUCUCUGGAAUUUUGCUCCAGGGCAUCAAGAUGCUCACGAAUUAUUUCACGUUUUUCUGAGUGCUCUUCAAGCUGAACUGCAGACUGCAUGCAGAAAGGGUUGCUUGUCUGAUGCUUUGCCAAAAGCUCCAUUAGUGAUAACUGAUAUAAAAGGAUCCGGAGAUCCUGUGAAUUUGAGAAGUGUGUCUUGCAAUGACAUUGCAUCAGCUAAUGAAAGAUGCGAAGUUCCAAGGGAAACAAAUAAAAAUCUCAGCAAUCAUGUGGUGACUUAUGCACAGUCUAUAACAAACGUAUCAGCUUCCAUGACAUCUAUCAAACCUGGUAUCAUUCUUGCGAGAUCUUCUGAAAUAAUUUCAAAAAUAAUUGGAGAAAGUGGUGAUGAUGGAGAUUCUCUGAGGCCAUGGAGUUCAAUGUGUGCCAUUCCUUCACAAAACACUACUCCUUCGUUUUCCAAUAAAGUCCAUCCAUUUUCUGGCUUGUUGACAAGUCAAUUGAUAUGCACAGCAUGUGAAUGGAAGAGUCCAGUACAUUUCGAUAAAUUAGAAAGUGUUUCAUUACCUCUACCACCAGUUACUGAUGGGUUUAUGUGGAAGAGACUUACUCUGGUGGAUUUACUUUCUCGACUGGUAUCGAAGGAAGUCAUUAAUGACGUGCAAUGUGAUGGUUGCAAUAAUCGAUGUGCAGCUUACAAAACUCUUACAUUCGGCAAACUACCGAAGUGCCUGUGUCUCCACAUUCCAAGAACAACAUGGAGCUCUUCUGGAAAGCCAAUAAAAAGAGAUGAUCCUGUGAUAUUCAAUGAGGCUCUUAUACUAGAUCCUUUUACAUACACAGACACCAAGAGAAAGAAUACGCAAUCACAAGGUAGUUUGCAUUCAAUGGCGCUUCUAAAUGGUCAAUCGCUGCAGCGCGGCAAACAUAAGUAUUAUCUUUAUGCCGUUAUUGAGCACCGAGGACCCGUCGAUGCUGGUCAUUUUGUCUGUUACAGACGGGGUAAUCGUCCAGGCCAAUGGUUGUACACUUCUGACACAAUAGUGCAAAAAACGACUCUAGAGGAUGUCCUAAGUGCUAGUCCGUACCUAUUGUUUUACGAAAGAGCAGUCACACGCGAUCAACAAUAAAAAUCGUUUUCUAAAAACAGGUUUAGCGUUAAAAAGUUGAUUUUUAUUUAAAAAAUGUAAGUGAUUACAGAAAGUUGAGGUUGUUUUGUUUUCUUAAUUUUAAAUUUUAUUUAAAUUUUUAGAUUAGCUUAUUUCCCAUGGUUACUUUAUUAAAACUAAACCUGUUUAAUUUUUAAGAUAUUUUUGUGGCUUUUAACGACGAUCCUAAAAAUAAAAAUAAUGAUAAUACUUAAUCGCCUAAAGGGAAAAAACAUAAUUAAUUACAAGAUCGUUUAAAUUAGUGAUGAAAUUUUCACCACUAUUAGUACAUACAAACUAUUAUAAGUCAUCGUAAGAGGCGUCGUUACGGAAAUUCCGUAAUAUUGAUUAGUCUUUAUUGGCUUUGAAAAUUUUUCACUUCCUUUAACAAUGUUCGUAAUUUGUCUUUGGAAUGUCUUGACUUGAAGUAUAUAAGAAAUAAUGUUCCAUUGAAUAUUUUUCUAUUAUUGAUAAUCUUGAGAAACAUACGUAAAUUAUAUAUUGCUUAUAUCAAUUUGUCUAAAUCUCACUAGUUAGUAUUUAACGUAAUACUAUCCAAAUAAGUAGCGACGCCUAAAAAUCAAUCGUUCGCUGUAAUCCAUAUAAUUAAGAGUUAACAAGACUUUAGAACAAGGCUUACUGAACAUCGUUAAUUGACCGCUAAAAUGUAGCGUCGUGCUAGCUUUAAGAUCUUCAACGUCCCGUGUUAAAGUAGAAAGCUAUUGAAUUAUACAACUUCCUACGACGGAAUGUCAGUCGAAACUUCCGACUAAAGUAGACUAGAUCUAUAUUACACAUUCUGUGCCAACUUCCAUAACUCAUGAUCCAUAUAUUUUAAAUCUUACCUAUAUUCUAGUUAAAAAAAUAUUAUUUUCGAUUUAUUGAUAUUUCGAUUAACAAAAUGAUUAAAUCAAUCUGAACAAUCUCUGCAAAAAAAUAUUUGUUUCUUAACGGAAUAUAAAUAAGAAUUUCAAAGAGCCUGCGAACCCUUUGUUCUUUAAAUUUAAAAUAAAAUCGAGAUGCAUUGUCAUUAAGUGAUUUGUAGGGUAAGAUCAUAGAACACACACCGAAAGACUAAAAUUAAAGAAUUCAAAGACUUGGAAGAGCUUGUUGGAACUCGAUUAAAUGUUAAUCGCGGCGGAGUUUCCAAUUUUAUCAAGAAUGUCGUGUGCUUAGGAAAACUUCAGUGAUAAUUUUAUACUGGUGUAUUCUGUCCCUGAAUUUUAGAUGAGAAAUGUAUCGAUAUUAAUCAUGAGUCGCUCUUUAACCCUUAACGUCUUUGACGAGCGAAUUUUUGUACGGAAGUUUUAGUAAGAAAAGCUAAUUGCGAACGAGACUGAUGACGUAAAUUUAGCCGGAUAUACCGUUAAUGCGUGAUAACGACGAAGGAUUGCAGGGUAGUGCGCUCCGUUGUAUUUGCGUAUAAAAGUGAUAUCCUUAUUAUUUAUAAAGUCUUAGAUGAUAAGGCCACUUGAAGAAAAAAAGACGUAGAAUUUAGACUUAGUGUUAAAUAAAGUGUAACUCUAUACAUAAAUGAACACAA